UUCUCAACGUUUUCUACGCCGUUUUGGAGAGUACAAAUACUCCAAACCAGUACUCACGAAUUUCGCAUAUGGUAACAAUGGCCGAGACAACGAAGCAAGAUGAUGAUAACACAGUCAUGGCAUCAGUUCACGCCACCGUUUUCAAGGAAUCAGAAACCCUUGAUGGAAAGUUUCUCCAGAUUGAGGGCUAUGAUUUCAACCAAGGUGUCAAUUACCCUCAGCUUCUGAAGUCCAUGGUCACCACUGGCUUUCAAGCUUCGAAUCUCGGCGAUGCCAUCGAAGUUGUUAAUCAAAUGCGAGCUUGGAGGCUUGCUGAUGAACCUGUAUCAGAGGAUUGCACUGAUGAUAAUGAGAAAGAUUUGGAUUACCGAAAAUCUGUCACUUGUAAAGUGUUUUUGGGUUUCACUUCGAAUCUUAUCUCCUCUGGUGUUAGAGAUACUGUUCGCUAUCUUGUUCAGCAUUACAUGGUUGAUGUGGUUGUUACAACUGGCGGUGGCAUUGCAGACGAUCUUAUAAAGUGCCUUGCACCGACAUGCAAAUUCGAGGACUGGAUUAUUCCUAUUUUUGAUCAAAUGUUGAUAGAACAAAAUAGUGAGAAUGUGACAUGGACACCCUCCAAGUUAAUAGCGCGAUUGGGAAAGGAGAUAAAAAAUGAAAGCUCUUAUCUUUACUGGGCAUACAAGAACAACAUUCCAGUUUUCUGUCCAGGCUUAACUGAUGGCUCAUUGGGGGACAUGCUGUACUUCCAUUCCUUCCGCAGCCCUGGUCUGAUUGUAGACAUAGUGCAAGAUAUAAGGGCCAUGAAUGGUGAAGCUGUACAUGCAAAUCCUAGGAAGACAGGCAUGAUUAUUUUAGGAGGUGGGCUUCCAAAACAUCAUAUUUGCAAUGCCAACAUGAUGCGGAAUGGUGCUGACUAUGCAGUUUUUAUUAAUACUGCACAAGAAUUUGAUGGGAGUGAUUCUGGAGCUCGUCCAGACGAGGCUGUUUCUUGGGGGAAAAUACGAGGAUCUGCUAAGACUGUAAAGGUACAUUGUGAUGCAACAAUAGCAUUCCCUCUGCUGGUUGCUGAAACGUUUGCCUCACAAGAGACUGCUGAUGAUACUCCAACUGAAUUAGAAGAAGGAGAUUUGAGUCAUGAACAAGAGACUACUGAUGAUACUCCAACUGAAAAGAUUGUCAAAGCAGCUGAUACAAAUAAGGAUUCUAAAUUAGCUCCUGACUCUAUUGCUGAAGAGCAAAGUGACAAAAAUAACUGUUAUGACACAAUGUAUAAAGCGGAUGGAACUUCUACAGAUGAUGAAAAAGGUGAGACGACGAAGCAAGAUGACAACACAGUCAUGGCAUCAGUUCACGCCACCGUUUUCAAAGAAUCAGAAACCCUCGAAGGAAAGAGCGUCCAGAUUGAGGGCUAUGAUUUCAACCAAGGUGUCAAUUACCGUCAGCUUCUGAAUUCCAUGCUCACCACUGGCUUUCAAGCUUCGAAUCUCGGCGAGGCCAUCCAAGUUGUGAAUCAAAUGCUAGAUUGGAGGCUUGCUGAUGAACCCAUAUCAGAGAAUUGCACUGAUGAUGACCAUGAGAAAGAUUUGGAUUACCGAAAAUCUGUAACUUGUAAAGUGUUUUUGGGUUUCACUUCUAAUCUCAUCUCCUCUGGUCUUAGAGAUACUGUUCGGUAUCUUGUUCAGCAUCACAUGGUUGAUGCGGUUGUUACAACGGCUGGUGGCAUUGAAGAAGAUCUUAUAAAGUGCCUUGCACCAACAUUUAAAGGAGAUUUCUCUCUGCUUGGAGCCAUUCUUCGUUCAAAAGGAUUGAAUCGGAUUGGUAAUUUACUUGUCCCUAAUGACAACUACUGCAAAUUCGAGGACUGGAUUAUUCCUAUUUUUGAUCAAAUGUUGAUAGAACAAAAUAGUGAGAAUGUGACAUGGACACCCUCCAAGUUAAUAGCGCGAUUGGGAAAGGAGAUAAAAAAUGAAAGCUCUUAUCUUUACUGGGCAUACAAGAACAACAUUCCAGUUUUCUGUCCAGGCUUAACUGAUGGCUCAUUGGGGGACAUGCUGUACUUCCAUUCCUUCCGCAGCCCUGGUCUGAUUGUAGACAUAGUGCAAGAUAUUAGGGCCAUGAAUGGUGAAGCUGUACAUGCAAAUCCUAGGAAGACAGGCAUGAUUAUUUUAGGAGGUGGGCUUCCAAAACAUCAUAUUUGCAAUGCCAACAUGAUGCGGAAUGGUGCUGACUAUGCAGUUUUUAUUAAUACUGCACAAGAAUUUGAUGGGAGUGAUUCUGGAGCUCGUCCAGAUGAGGCUGUUUCUUGGGGGAAAAUACGCGGAUCUGCUAAGACUGUUAAGGUACAUUGUGAUGCAACAAUAGCAUUCCCUCUGCUGGUUGCUGAAACGUUUGCCUCAAGAGUGAAACCUCACCAUUGAUAAAUGCUUGUUAAUAGCGCGCUAUGGCGGUGCAGCGGUUGGCUGUGACGGUGGAGGCUGUAGCGGUGGUAGCACGCACGAUUGCGAUUAAAAUCACGUCUGGUGCAGCCCCAUGGAUGAAGGGAAAGGUAUGACGCGCAGAAUUCCAAUUCUGCCCCUUCUUAACACACAUUAGGUUAAAAACUGAGGGCUUAGUGAAAUUGAAUCCUGCCCAAGUGUACCUAGCUUCCUUUUCACACUCUUCGUACAACAUCUUGCCAUUCACUCUUUCCAAGUUUCAACCUCUAGUUUCUUCUUCCUCUUCACCUUUCUUCUCUUCCACACCUACGCGACUUUUGGCAGAUUUUUCAGUAGAUUUGCCAGCGGUUGGAGCUUCUUCAUCGUCCUAGGCUCCUUCUUCUGCACACCUAUGAAAGUGCUGCUGGUUUAGAUUAUUUUCAUGCUUUUUCUAUGUUAUCCUUCUCAUUUUUCUGAUUUUCUUUUUUUCUCCUUCUUCUCCACAACUCCUAGCCCUCGCGCCGAGCAAGUGUCAUCUCUAUGUAUCCCUAUUUCUUAAGUAUUUAUCUGUGAGAUUACGAAAAACGCAGAUUCAUGUAGCUUAAUUGAUGAUGUAAAUAUACUUUCAUGAGUUUAUAAUUUAUAUAGUACUUUUAAUUCCACAA